GCGGAAGGGAGCAGAUUUGGCGGAGAGACCGGUUGACAGGAGCGGGGACCGGUCGUUGACUCCAUCCUCGCCUCGCCCACUCUCCCCACCCCAUCUGGAGGAAUGGGCUCGGUAGCCAAACUAGCGUCCGGAGGACCGGUGGCCUGGCUCGGCUGCUGCGUGGCCCCCCAGCCGGACGGGCGGAAGCAGACGCGAGGCGAGCGGAAGCCGAGGCUGAACCGGGAAGAGUACCGGAUGCACUUGGAGGAGCUGGAGAAGGAGAAGAGGAAACGGCAUGAAGACUUCGCGCAGAGAAAGGCGGAGAGAGCGGCGUUGAGAAUUCGCCUGCGGGAGAGAUAUCAGCUACAGCAGGACGAGCGGGACGGCCGGCAGCUGCGGGAAGCGACCCGCACGGUGGAGCUGCCGGCGGAACUGGUGGCCAUCGCCCGGACGGAGCCCGGCUCCUCCUUCCUCACCGACGUCCCGGGACUGAGCCAGAUCAACAGCGUGGCCCGGGACACUGUUCAACGCCUGCGUCAACACGCUGCCUGUCCCCUGAUGUGA